CAAAAUCAGUCGCAAGGAGCCUCGAGAGGGGCUUCACGAGGUCGUAGAGGAAGAGGCCGCGGCGGAAGAGGACGAGGCCAUCAUGGAGGUUCCGCUCAGGACGCGCAAGGGCGCUCUGCCCCUCAGGCCGACAGCUCAGAUACUGCCCCAUCAUCUACGCCAGCUUCCACAUCUCAGCAGGACUCAGCGCCCUCCUCAAACCCUUCAAGACAGGCUCGUGGAGGAAGAAGCAGAAGAGGGUUGCGGCAGGGGGAGCGAGGCGGUGCCAGACACGGCGCCCCUCGAGCUCCCCAACCAGCGACGACACGGCGGUUCGGCGGUCAUCUGACUGUUGGCGCCGAAGAUACACCAUCAAAUGCUCCUUCAUUAAGUGCAGAGGCACCCGAGUUUGUACCCGGGCAAACUUGUAAGUCAUCUGGUGAUGCCCGCCGUUUGCUUCCGAAACUGAUGACCAUAUGUAGAGAUCCGAGGCAAUCUCAGCCUUCAAGAGUCCCCAGGCAGCCCGAGGUGAAGCUACCAAAGUCAACGGCGGCGGAUCUUGGGACCAGAAUUCACGAGGACAUCAGUAACGGAAACUAUGAAUGCGCAGUGUGCACAGACGAAGUCCUCCGGAAGUCUCACGUGUGGUCCUGCAAUGUCUGUUGGACUGUUGUUCACCUCAAGUGUGCCAAAAAGUGGUACCAUAACCAAAUGAAACAGGAUGCUGCCCGGCCUGCAGAAUCGCAGUUGGAGAAUCUGUGGAGAUGCCCGGCAUGUAACUCCAAGCUGUCCGACGAACCAGGCUCAUAUCACUGCUGGUGCGGAAAGGAUAUCAACCCGAGGCCAUCGAGCACGUCGCUCCCUCCGCAUUCCUGCGGCCAGACAUGCUCAAAGCCGCGAGGGACGUGCCCGCAUCCUUGCGGUCUUCAGUGCCACGCAGGACCAUGCCCGCCGUGUACUCUCGUUGGCCCGAUGCAGUCUUGCUUCUGCGGGAAGAACACCUCGCAGAAACUGUGCAGAGAGACCGACUACGAAAAUGGUUGGAGCUGCCAGGAGAUUUGUGGAGAUUUAUUGCCCUGCGGAGAGCACUUCUGCCCAAACCCAUGUCAUCCCGGACUCUGUGGAGACUGCGAUCUCAAGGUUGACGCAAAGUGCUACUGCGGUCGCGUUGAGAAGAAGAUCCCUUGCUACGAGCGGCAAGAGGUACGGCCUUCAUACAGCGUGGAGGACAGUUCAUGGUUCGAGGGUUCUUUCAGCUGCCUGAACCCUUGCGAAAGGAAGUUCGAUUGCGGGACUCACAGCUGCUCUGCAACCUGCCAUGCUCAGGAUGAGCAGCCGGCUCACUGCCCCUAUUCUCCCGACGUGGUAACACACUGCCCGUGCGGCAAGACGCCGCUCGAAAACCUGUUGGAGACACCCAGGCAAUCUUGCCAGGAUCCGGUGCCUCAUUGCGACAAGGUUUGUGAUAAGGUCCUCCCCUGUGGCCACCUCUGCAAAGCCAAGUGCCACACUGGUGAUUGUGGAUUCUGCAUGGAAAAGGUCGAGAUAGCAUGUCGAUGUGGGCGAACUACGUCUACGUCCAUUUGUCACCAAGGAGACGUCCAACAGCCGUGGUGCAUGAGAACAUGCCAGGCGAACCUGAGCUGCGGUCGUCACAAGUGUGGUGAGCGCUGCUGCCCCGGGGAGAAGAAGGCUGCAGAGAGGCAGGCCGCCAGCAGGAGGAAGAACCGACAGCCGGGGGACUCCGUCGUCGAAGCCGAGCAUAUCUGCAUCCGGACGUGCGGGCGGCCGCUGAAAUGCGGCAGCCAUAACUGCCAGCAGAUGUGCCACCGCGGGCCAUGCGCGAGCUGCCCCGAAGCCAUCUUCCACGAGAUCAGCUGCAACUGCGGCCGGACGGUGCUUCAGCCGCCGCAGCCCUGCGGGACGCACGCCCCCGAGUGUCGGUUUAACUGCCCGAGACGACCAGCCUGCGGCCACCCGCCGGUUGAGCACAACUGCCAUAUGGACGACAUCUCAUGUCCCAAGUGCCCGUUCUUGGUGGACAAGUGGUGCGCUUGCGGCAAGGAAAAGCUGCAUAGCCAGCCCUGUCACCUCCAGGCAGGUCACUGUGGUCGGCCUUGCGGCAAGACCUUGAAGUGCGGGUAUACCAAACUCUUCUGUGACCAUGCUUGCCAGAACCCCUGCCACGGCCAAACUCCUUGCAACGAAUCAGCCCCUUGCGCCGCCAAGGCGACUAUCGCUUGUCCUUGUGGCCAGCGCCAACAAGAGGUCAAGUGUCUCGCCAGCAGCUCCAAUCCCACCCCUUCUCGUCCCGAGCUCAAGUGCGACGACGAAUGCCUUCGUCUAGAGCGCAACCGACGACUCGCCGCCGCUCUCAACAUCGAUCCCGCCUCUCACACCAACGACCACGUCCCCUACUCAGACAUCACCCUUCGGCUCUUCAAGGAGAAUCUCGCCUGGGCCGAGGCGCAGGAGCGCGAGUUCAGGGUCCUCGCCAAGAGCCCCGAAGAGCAGCGACUCAGGUUCAAGCCGAUGCCGAGUCACCAGCGGCAGUUCUUGCAUGCUCUCGCCGAGGACUACGGCCUGGAGAGCAAGAGCGAGGACGUCGAGCCGUACCGCUACGUCGUCAUAUGGAAAGGCGCCAAGUUCGUCUCUGCCCCGAGUAAGACUCUGGCGCAGUGCCUCAAGAUCCGGGAGGCGCAAGCCGCAGAGGCUGCCGCCGCCGCCGCCGCCGCCGCGUCGUCGUCAAGAGCCCCGACUCCUCCGCUCGCCAUCGCCGUCGUCGAGCCCUUCAACGCCUUCCUCCUCGUCUCCCCCCGUUUCGGCCUCACCAUCGAAGACGUCGAGGCCGCCAUCCGGCCCGACCUCGCAAGCCAGUCCGGCCUCUCCUUCACAACGUCCUUUUUACCGUCGGACGAGGUCCUCAUCCGCGCCACGGCGCACUACUCCUCCUCGUUCCUCACCCCUACCGCCGUCGAACAGGCCCUUCAGAACAUGAAGCCGCGCCUCGAGGGCGCCGUCAAGCGGCAGGACAUUGCGGGCAACAUCCUCCUCUGCCACGUUGAUGCCAACGAGCAGGUGUCGCGCAGGGAAGACAUUAGCAGGAGCGAUGCUGCCUCGGGCUGGAGCGCCGUCGCGGGCAGGGCCGCCACGCCGGCCAAGAAGGAGGAGCAGGCGGCGGCGAGCUCCGGAGGCGGGUCCGGGAAGAGAGUGCUGCUUGGGCUGAGGAAGAAGAAGGUAGAGACGCCGGCUAAGUCUUGGACAGCACAGCUUGAUGGGGAUGUCGAGUGUUGAGCGGUCUGUUCUUGAUGGGAUACUUGCUACUUGUUCAUGGGGUAAUUAUCAGAAUAUGUAGAGCACAUACCUAGACAGAGAUGAGUAUUGGUAUACUUGCUUGUAGCACUACCGAUCAAGCGAUGAUAUAAGGCAUACAAGGAACGGCAACUUGUCC